AUGGAUAUGGCGUUUGCGCCGCCGUACCUACUCGACUUGGGGCUGUCCAAGUCGGCGAUGGCGGCGGUCUUCGUAGCCGGUCCGCUCUCUGGACUCAUCGUUCAACCUCUGAUCGGCAGCCUGGCCGACAACAGCACAUCAAAGUACGGACGACGGAGACCCUAUCUGGCAGUCGCAACGAUCAUCUGUGCCGUCAGCAUCCUCCUCCUCGGGUUUGCCGGUGAGGUCGCUGCCUUCUUUGCAGCUGCAGGAGGCAAAGAGCACUCAAACUUGGCCAUCUUCAUCGGCGUCCUAUCCGUUUACCUUGUCGAUUUCUCCGUCAACGCGGUCACAGCCCUCGAUCGUGCGCUCAUGGUCGAUGUAGCAACCACCGAAGAGCAAGCGGAAGCCAACGCGUGGGCGGCUCGCCUGACAGGUGUGGGCUCGGUGGUGAGCUUCCUGAUUGGCAAUCUCGACUUGCCCAAGUUGGCACCUCGGUUCCUCGGAACGACACAGAUCCAGAUCGUCUCGGUAUUGGUCAGCGUCAUCCUCCUUGUCACGCACGCGCUCGUUGUUUUCCGCGUACAAGAGCAAGUUCUGGCGCCCGCGCGCUCGCCUGGCUCGCGAAAGACAAAAGGACUUGGUUUCAAGGCGAUCGUCACGGACCUCUACGUCCAGGCGAGAGGGCUUCCGCCGCCCAUCAUCGAGAUCUUCAAGGUGCAGUUCUUCGCGCAGAUUGGCUGGUUCCCGAUCCUCUUCUACAGCACCGUAUGGGUAGGCGAGAUCUACAAAGCCAAUGUGCGGCUCAACGGCGGCAAGCAAAGCGACCAUGAGUUGUUCGAGCAAGCAACCCGCGCUGGGAGCCACGCGUUCUUUUGGCACGCCAUCUUGUCGCUCACCACCUCGAUCGUUCUCCCUCUUGUCGUCCCGAACCCGGUCCACGAGUCGCAUGUCCACCCUGUAUGGUUUGCAAAUUCGACCGUCGUACAAAGGCUGCGCAAUCUGCGCGAGCGGUGCCCCGAGCUGCCGUUCUGGUGGCCUUUCGCCAGCUUUGUGUUUUUCAUUUCCAUGCUGGGAACUUACUUUGCCGAACUCACGACGAGUGUGUUUCUGGCAACAUGGGUAGUCGCCUCGGUUGGCUUCUGCUUUGCCAUCUCCAACUGGAUACCGAUCGCGCUGCUGGGGAUCUUGAUUCACACACAACAUGUGCAGGAGCUGCCUGCCUCGGCCAGUCGCGGUACCAUUGGAAGUUUGUUGGCGUCGGGCUCGACGUCCGAUGCUAGUCGUGAGGCGAGCGAGGUCACAAUGGCGCUGUUGGGCGACAGCAUCCACGACGGCGAUGGACGACGCAGGUCGAUGGUCAGGACGCCGUCAUACGAUGGACCAUCGGACAAACGUUCACGGCCGCAGUCGCGUGCACAGGUCGAUAGCGACUCGGAUGACGAAGAUCGGCUGCGGGAUGCGCUUUCGUUUGGCGCAUCGAGCCUACAUGAUGAGGCACACGCUCCCGGUGCGAAUGGCGGCGAAGGCGACGAUGAUGUGGAAAGAGGAAAUGAUGCCAGCAAAAGCACCAGCAGUACAGUGUCGCACGCCGGCUCUGUCUUGGGCCUGCACAACAUCGCGAUCGUAGUCCCGCAAUUCCUCGUUACGGCGAUAUCAUCGUUGAUCUUUGCCAUCAUGGAGCCAAGCGACAGCAACAAGGACAGGCAAGACGGCGCCAGUCCAAGUGAUCCAUCAGCACAGGGAAAGAGCAGCGACGCUUUGGGCCUCAUCUUUAGGCUGGGAGGAUGCUGCGCACUGGUCGCAGGCAUUCUUGCUGUACGGCUGGUGCGUCGCCAUGGUCAUGAACUUCGAGGCUAUUGA